AUGCGGGUGCAUCUGUGCGCGCUGGCCGGCGCGGCGGCGCUGACCGGGGCGCUCAGCUUCGUGCUCCUGGCGGCCGCCAUCGGCACGGACUUCUGGUACAUCAUUGACACCGAGCGGCUGGAGCGGAGCGGCCAGGGGGCGCGGGACCCGGCGGGCUCCGCCAACCGCAGCCAGCUGGAACCUCUGAGCUCGCACUCCGGCCUCUGGCGGACCUGCCGGGUCCAGAGCCCGUGCGCGCCGCUGAUGAACCCCUUCUGGCAGGAGAACGUGACCGUCAGCGACUCGAGCCGACAACUUCUCACCAUGCAUGGGACGUUUGUGAUUCUGCUGCCGCUCAGCCUGAUCCUGAUGGUGUUUGGGGGGAUGACGGGGUUUCUGAGCUUCCUCCUGCGAGCCCCCCUCCUCCUCCUGCUCACGGGGACCCUCUUUCUCUUUGGAGCCUUGGUGACCCUCGCUGGCAUCAGUGUCUACAUCGCGUAUUCGGCCGUCGCCUUCCGGGAGGCGCUGUGUCUCCUGGAGGAGAAGGCCCUCCUGGACCAGGUGGACAUCCGUUUCGGCUGGUCCCUAGCCCUGGGCUGGAUCAGCUUCAUCGCCGAGCUGCUCACCGGGGUGGCCUUCCUGGCAGCAGCACGCGUGCUCAGCCUGAGACGGAGGCAGGACCAGGCCAUCUGA